AUGGCUGCAGCUUCGGUGUCAAAAGAGGUUUGUAAAGGUUGCGAACAAGGAGUAUUUACUUGCACUGGAUGUAAAAGUACUUUUUGUAAGCCACAUUUUGAGGAACAUCGUCAACAACUAUCGGUAGAAUUUGAACACAUGAUCUACGAUUACGAUAUGCUUCAACAACAGUUACUCAGCGACCAAUCUAUUGCAAAGUCUUACGAUAUAUUAGUUGAACGCAUUGACAAAUGGGAAGUAGAAACAGCAAAAUGUGUACGCGAAGCUGCUAAGCGCGCUCGUGAAGUUGUUCGGCAACUUUCAGGAAAACAAGAGAUCGAAAGCAUUGUGGAACAAAGUGUGGGAACAAAAACUGUUCAGCAUCAAAUUCUGCGUGAUAUAACCGAAGGAGUUUUUGAAAUUCGUAAAGCUCAAUUUUAA